CCUGGUGCGGGUUACGGGGCUCCAGCGCUGCGGCUGCUGGAGCUGCUCCCCGCCGUGGCUCUGCUCUCCCGGUGUUACCGGGAAACGCCCGCGGAGCUGCCGCUUCCCCUGCAGCUCUUCCUGGGAGCUGAACCGGCUCCAAUUACACGAGUUCUGUGGGUUAUUACGGACACGCUCAGAGCUGUUGAUGCGUGGGGGGCCGGAAUUCAUUGGUUGUGCUUAUCCUCGGCCUCUGCAGGGUCAGAACUCGUGGGGGAAACGCCAGGAUCCAGGUCUGGGCUCUGUUUGAAACCUGUGUCUAAAGGAGCUGCCAGGAAAAGUAGAACCUGUGUUCUACAGGCUCUGGAGGGAGGCCGGACCCUGCAGGAAGCAGCAGUCACCUCCUGGAACUGCUCACAGACCUGAAAGCAGGGGCUCUCUGUGAGAACUGACCCCGGGGCCCCAUUCCCGGCUCCAGGAAGGAUAACUGAACCCCUGGAUCCCAGUUCCAGGAAGGACAGCCUGGUGUCCAUUCCCGCAGCCCCACAGGGCUCCUGUGAGAGGGAGCGCCGCGGUCGAGCUCAUCCCUAAGGAGAUUUUCCCAGAUCCGAUUUGGGCCCGGAGCCAGUUGAGGGCAGGUGCAGCCACAGCCCGGGCUGUGCGUGCUGCAGGCUGGGAGGGGAUGGGGCUGGAUUGGGGCUGCACUCGGGGAAGGGGCUCACACUGGACCUCCCUGGCACGGCACGGGGGGUUCUCCUGCCCCACCCCUUCCACUCCAGUGCAGCUCUGCCCAAGCCCUGGAGCAGCCCCACGCAGGGAUCUGCGGGCUGGAGGCCUUUCCCACUGGGCUUUGUCACCGUGAGGGGCUGUCCCGAGAGCAGACGUUCCCGGUUUUGGAAGCACAGGAACGCUGCGGUGCAUCCCUCGGGGAUCUGUGAGGGAACGUGUGUGGGAGCAGCGGGUCCAGGGUCCCCUGGGGGGGUCAGGAACUUCCUCCUCAUGGGGUUUGGCUCAUUUUAGCUCAAAGUUUAGAAUCAAGAGAACACAAACGGUCUCCAAGAGCUUUUCCCACACGUGGACCUGAUCCUGAGGAAGAAGGGCGCAGAGGUGACGAUGCUCUGGGACCCUGUUUUAUUUCCUUUGUCUCCUUCCAGCUGCGAGCUGGGGGCUCCGCUCAGCCCGCGCAGAGAUGUCGCUGUCCAAGCGGGAGCUGGACGAGCUGAAGCCAUGGAUCGAGAAGACGGUGAAGCGCGUGCUGGGCUUCUCGGAGCCCACCGUGGUCACCGCAGCGCUCAACUGCGUCGGGAAGGGCAUGGACAAGAAGAAAGCAGCCGGUACGUCCAGAGCUGGGUUUGUGAAACAGCCCACACCUCCCCAGGGUGGAGGGGCAGGGGCACAGGGCAGUUCUCCCAGCCUCCACGAGACCACCUUAAACCCUUCCUGGAUGAUUCCACCCUGCGGUUUGUGGACAAGCUCUUCGAGGCAGUGGAGGAAGGACGAAGCUCCCGGCACUCCAAAUCCAACAGUGACCGGAACCGGAAGCGGGAGCUAAAGGAUGUGUUUGGUGAUGACUCUGAGGUGUCCAAGGAAUCCUCUGGCGUCAAGAAGCGGCGCAUCCCACGGUUCGAGGAGGUUGAGGAUGAGCCCGAAGUGAUUCCAGGCCCGCCGUCAGAGAGCCCAGGGAUGCUGACGAAGCUCCAGAUCAAACAGAUGAUGGAGGCAGCCACCCGGCAGAUCGAAGAGAGGAAAAAGCAGCUGAGUUUCAUCAGCCCUCCGACACCACAGCCCAAAAUUUCUUCUUCAUCGCAAUCGGAACGGCUCCCCAUCGGCAACACGAUCCAGCCCUCGCAGGCAGCCACGUUCAUGAACGACGCCAUCGAGAAGGCCAGGAAAGCUGCGGAGCUGCAGGCCCGGAUCCAGGCUCAGCUGGCCCUGAAGCCGGGGCUCAUUGGCAACGCCAACAUGGUGGGGCUGGCCAACCUGCACGCCAUGGGCAUCGCGCCGCCGAAAGUGGAGCUGAAGGAUCAGACCAAGCCAACGCCUCUGAUCCUGGAUGAGCAGGGCCGGACGGUGGACGCGAGCGGGAAGGAGAUCGAGCUGACCCACCGCAUGCCCACCCUGAAGGCCAACAUCCGAGCAGUGAAGAGAGAGCAGUUCAAGCAGCAGCUUAAGGAAAAGCCCUCUGAAGACAUGGAGUCAAACACGUACUUUGACCCCCGAGUCUCCAUAACCCCGGCCCAGCGGCAGAAACGCACCUUUAAAUUCCAUGAAAAAGGCAAAUUUGAGAAAAUCGCCCAGAGGUUGCGAACAAAGGCUCAGUUAGAAAAGCUGCAGGCAGAGAUCUCCCAGGCUGCCAGGAAAACUGGGAUUCACACUUCCACCAAGCUGGCUCUGAUCACCCCUAAGAAGGAGCUGAAGGAGGGGGAGAUCCCAGAGAUCGAGUGGUGGGACUCCUACAUCAUCCCCAACGGCCUGGAUCUAAAAGGCGGGAUGACCUCAAAGAAAGACGAGUACUUUGGGAUCACGAACCUGGUGGAGCACCCGGCCCAGCUCAACCCCCCAGUGGACAGCGACACGCCGGUGACCCUGGGUGUGUAUUUAACAAAGAAAGAGCAGAAGAAAUUACGGCGCCAGACACGGCGAGAAGCCCAGAAGGAGCUGCAGGAGAAGGUCAGGCUGGGCCUGAUGCCACCACCAGAGCCCAAAGUGAGGAUUUCCAACCUGAUGCGGGUGCUGGGCACGGAAGCUGUCCAGGACCCCACGAAGGUGGAAGCUCACGUCCGAGCGCAGAUGGCCAAGAGACAGAAGGCUCACGAGGAAGCAAACGCAGCAAGGAAGCUCACGGCAGAGCAGCGCAAAGCCAAGAAGGUGAAAAAGCUCAAGGAGGAUGUUUCACAGGGAGUUCACAUAGCUGUGUACAGGGUCCGAAACUUGAGCAAUCCAGCAAAAAAAUUCAAAAUCGAGGCGAACGCUGGGCAGCUGUACCUCACGGGCGUGGUGGUCCUGCACAAAGACGUCAACGUGGUGGUGGUAGAAGGAGGCCCAAAAGCACAGAAGAAAUUCAAACGUCUUAUGCUGCAUCGAAUAAAGUGGGAUGAGCAGACGUCAAACACGAAGGGAGAGGAUGAUGACGAGUCUGACGAGGAGUCCGUUAAGAAAACAAACAAAUGCUCUCUGGUUUGGGAGGGCACGGCGAAGGAUCGCAGCUUUGGCGAGAUGAAGUUCAAGCAGUGUCCCACGGAGAACAUGGCGCGGGAGCACUUCAAGAAGCACAGCGCCGAGCACUACUGGGACCUGGCGCUCAGCGAGUCCGUGCUCGAGUCCACGGACUGAGCCCGGCCCCGGCCCCGGCCCCGGCCCCGGCCCCGGCCCCGGCCCCGCGGCCGCUCCUGCCCCGCAGCCCCGGACAGCUCCCAGCGCUCUCCUCAGAACCCCCAUUAAAGACAUAUUUUUUAAAACAAA